AUGGCGGACGCAGAAGAUUAUCUCCAAGACGGCUUCGACCCGCGCAGCGUCACCGUGCCGCGACUGCGCUCGAUUCUCGUCACGCACAACGUCGAGUAUCCGGCCACAGCCAAGAAGCCUCAGCUGGUCGAGCUCGUCGAGCAAUACAUCCUGCCGCAGGUCCCGAAGCUACGCGCUCAACGCGCUCGCGCGAAGCGAUCAAGCCAAGGCAUCGUGAAUGCGGGCAGCCCCGAAGACAAUGGCAGAUGGGAAGACUAUGGGUUGGAGCCUACGCCAACAGCCAAGCCGCGUCGAUCAGCAUCGCCUCGAAAGGCCUCGAGCAGAAUCAAGCGGGAAGAGGAUGAGCCAGCACCGGCGCCGGCUAAAACGAAGCGCACGUCGCGAUCCGUCAGCCGAUCCGUGAGCCGCCAGCCAUCUCACUACGAUGAGGAUGAGGCAGAUGCGCCGCAGUACGAGGCGCCCAAGCCAACGCGCCGCUCUGGUUCCCGGAGGGCUGCGACGCCAAAAAUCAAGGAUGAGCCCGAGGAAGAGGAGGAGACGCCCAUUUCCUCUCACUAUGCGCCCACUCCCCAAUCGAGCACCCUUUACGCUACUUCUUCUCCAUUCACCCAGAAAAACACUCCAUUCGCUACCGCUAACGCUACUCCAUACGCCUCUACUCCCUACUUCAAUGCGCCCCAAAGUGCGGUCCCGCCAUCGGUUGUUGCUCAAUAUGAGGAAGAAGAAAGUGUCUUUAGCGACGACAACCCAUUCCAGAGGGGCUCUCCCGCAUUCAAGACGCCGAGCCGAAGACGAGUGGGCGACGACGUCGCUAGGGGCGAAAAGCUUACUCGACGGCGCCCUGAAGAGUUCAUUGAACCACUGGCCAUUGAAAGACCAUCCGCUGUCGCGCGAUCCCACGAACUGUCUGCUCGUAAGCCGAGACACCAGUCACCAGAUUUCUCAGUGGAUGCUGGCGAAGAAUUUACUCCCGAUGCGCAGUUGGAGCUAGAGGAGGCGGCCAGGAGGGGAGAGGCCACCAUUGUGCCUAGGAGACACUCAAAGCCCGCCCGCAAGACGAAUCUCAAGACGCCAUUUUUUGUGCUGUUUGUGUCUCUGCUCGGCGUAUAUCUGGCCUGGUACCGACAAGAAAAGAUUGCCGUUGGCUACUGCGGGCUUGGCCGGCCUGCAACACAAAUCAUCCCCGACGACGUUCCUGUGCCGGAUGCCAUCAUCCCAUUCGUGGAACCUCACGACUUUGUCCUCAAGCCCCACCCCCUGUCUUUCGGCGGCCUUGUCCCAUUGCCCCCGACUUGUGAGCCCGACGGAGAAAAGGCACGCCGAGUCCAAGCAGUUGCCGACAGGGCCAUUGAAGAGUUGAGACAACGACGCGCCAAGUUUGAAUGCGGCGAAUUGGUCGAUGAGUCUGGCACAAAGGUCGACACUCCUGCCAUCGCCGAGGAGGAGCUCAAGUCGACUGUGAGCAGGAAGCGCAACAAGCGGCUGAACAGCGAUGAGUUUGAAGAUCUCUGGGUAGCUGCCAUUGGCGAAAUCACCACUCGCGAGGAAGUGAUUGUGGAGAUUGCAACAACCACAUCGCCCGGUUCCCCCGAUAUUUCAGUCCGCAAGCUAUCGUCCAGCUCUCUCUCUCGCCUUCCGAUCACCUGCGCGCUCAAGCGCUCCGUCCGCCUCGGACUGGCAAGAUAUCGACUCCCAAUUGGACUUUUAAUGUCCGUCGUGCUGGCAGUCUUUUACUUGCGGGCUCGAUACCGCCAGCACCUGGUGGAUUCGGCGCAGGUCCCCGCGCUUGUUGACCUCGUCCUGGAACGGCUGGCCAACCAGAAGGAGCUGGGCGCGGAGGACUUGGACGACGCAUGGUUGUUUCUGCCCAACUUGAGAGAUGACGUGCUUCGCUCGGUGCAUAAAGUGGCCGAGCGCGAGAGGAUCUGGCAGAGGGUGAAGAAAAUCGUUGAGCUCAACAGCAACGUCCGCACGGGACAGCGAGAGGGCCGGAGUGGCGAGGUUGGUCGAGCAUGGGAGUGGAUUGGCCCUAUCAAGGGCGAGGGAGCCCGGAGAAGACGGAUGAGCGGUCGGUGGACGCGAGAUCCGGUUGCUGCUGAUUCACCGGAACCGAAGCCAGCUGCAGCAGCAGAGGGCAAGAAGUGGACUGAGUCGAGGGUGAUUUACUAA